AUGCCCAGGGCCUUCAACCCCUGCUCCCCAUGGGCCAGGCCCUCUCACCACGUUGUCCGCUGUGUCCAGGGCUGCACACGAAGACCAGACUCACUGUCCUUUACAGAACCCCAAACCCGCCUCCCACCAGCGGCUCCCAGCGUCACAGGGAGGGACCCCCAGGGCACCGUGCGAGCCCAGAGACUCGGAGCUGAUUCCUCCUGUGACUGCAAGUCUGUAGCCUACCUGGAGGUACUGUGCCGAGAAACAAGCCAGACAGAGAAAGACAAUCACUGCGUGGUGUCACUCAUACACAGAGUCUUAAAGAAAAACAGAAGUCAGACUCAUGGAAACAGAGGACCGUGGCUGCCAGAGGCCCCGGGAGAGGCUGGCCUGCCGGCAUCAGCCACCCCGCAGGCUCCGUUCUUUUCGCCAAGCACGUCAUCCCUCUGUUGUGAAAAACGUGCGGCUGCCUGGAAGAGCGACGCGCGGGGAGGACUGAGAGCGAGCCUGUGCCGCUCCCACGCCCGCCCGCGGCUCCCGGCUCAGACCCGUGGGCUGGGGCCUCCCGUCUGA